CUUGCUGUAACACCCAACUUGACCGGCAGGUGUCAGGCUUCCUCCUCCGUCUCCAAGUCAUUCUCUCCUGUUUAUCAUUGACCCUAAAAGAAAAAAAAAAAGGAGAAAGCAAAAAGCUAGAGACAGCGGGCCCUGUCUGCGGCUCCAGUGCUCGGGGGCUGCUGCUGUGUGUGUGAUUAUCGGGACACGGGGGACAUGAUCGGAAGUGCUGGGGAUUACCGUCUGAUUCCUCUACAUUUUUCUCGUGUGCUUUCCUAUUGGAAGCCUGGAAAAACUUUCCCUUCUGCCACCAGUUGGAAGUGAGAGCUCCUGCUGGCAGUGGUGCGGCCGGCGGCUGCUGCUCCCCGUGCACACUCUAGCGGCUCGUUUCCUUAUUUUCUGCUCUUCUCCCCCCUCCUUUCUCCUUCCUUGUCACCGUCUUAAUCUGUCUGAUCUUUUUCCCUGGGCUCCUCAUUCUUCUCGUCACUGGCAUUGGCUUCCUCCACAUCACACUGACGGGGAAGAAUGGAGUUUACAGAGAGGAGACGGAGCAGGAAAUCCCAGAGCUACAAGCUGGUGAAUGAGGAUUACCAUUCUGAGGUAUUCAAGUCCCAAGACUACAGUGAUAUCAAUGGAGAAUCUGUGGACUUCCAUCAAUUUUCUGGAGAUGAAGGUAUGGAGAUUAAAAAGCAGAUCACGGGCAUGAGAAGACUGUUAAAUGACAGUACUGGAUGGGUUUACCAGCGUGUUGGCAAAGAAGGCGAGAAACUCAAGGAAGGUGUGCAUGAUCUGGAUAUGAACUGGACUGAUAGUAUGAGCACGUCAUGUUCUGCAGAUAACCCCAUUCAUUCAACCCAUGCAACAUGGAACAAUGUGCCAGUCCAAACAAGCGAUUUUCCAGGACAGUAUGGUACCCGUUCCAAGACUGUGCAGAAUCAGCUGAAAAAUCCUGGAACUAAUGGUGAAUUACGAAUGGUGAAUUCAGUAUCGGAAUCCAAGUGCUGUACUUGUAACUGCCAGCCCACUCUCCAGGCUAUCCUUCAGGAGCUUAAAGCAAUGAGGAAGUUCAUGCAAGUACAGGCAGUUGCACAAACCAGACAGCAGACAGCCCAGUCAUGUCUUUGCUCCCAGAAGACUGUACUCUCGAGAAAAAGAAUCAUGAAGAAAAAAGUACUUCCAAAGAAUACAACCGUGACCUCCAUACACAGCACGAGUGUGAGGGAACACAAGCCGCUGCUUCUUCCAGACAGGUCCUCCAGUCUGUCACAAGCAGAUCCUGUCAAGAAGGAGGAUGAUCAUGUCCCAGGAUUCGGGAUUGUUGUCAACUCGUCAUCGUCUGAUCCAGAUGUGCAGUUGGCAGAAGGGUUUGAUGUCUUUAUGCCAAAAUCUCAGCUGGACUCCAUAUUGUCUAACUAUAAGAGGUCGGGCAGCCUGCUCUUUAGAAAACUUGUGUGUGCUUUUUUCGAUGAUAAAACUUUGGCAACAUCACUUCCCAAUGGAAAAAGGAAGCGUGGACUCAAUGACAACAGGCAAGGAUUGGAUCAAAAUAUUGUGGGAGCAAUAAAAGUCUUUACAGAAAAAUACUGCACUGCUAACAAUGUAGAAAAAGUUCCCGGGCCACGACAUUGGGUACAGAUUCUCCAGGAUCAGAUCAAACUCGCCAGGAGAAGAUUAAAAAGAGGCUGUGAUCUAGGAAAUUCUCUUCAGACUACUGAUGAUGAAAUUUGGCUUCAUUCUAAGACAGGGUUCUGAGCAACAGUUGCCCAGAAAACAUGUGUCCAGAAGGCGCUACCAACAGGACCUUGUGCUGACAUCUUUGGACAUCUUUAUGUGUAAAACGUCUCUUUUUUUUAAUAACAGGUUGGACGUUGAUCACAAACAGGGUUGACAAUGUGGCUUUAAAGUGCUGCCCCUGCGGCUUUUUCACAUGCGGGGAACCCUUUUGGUAAAACUGUCCUUUCUGCAGAUUGCUGCUGCUUGUGUGGCACACUGGCAUUACACUCUUGAAGUCACAUCUUCAUGUGAUACAGAGGACGUGGAGUUUGUUGUUUUUGCUUUACAUUAGACGUUUUCCAGGCUGGUCAGAUGUUUCAGAGACACUUUUCUUUUUACUGAAAAUGUAGCAUUCAUUUACAGUACAUUAGGCAUAAGACACAGUAUGCAGUCUGCUAAGUAGGGUUCAGUUGUUUAGCUUUUCUUUUCAUAUCUAUAGCCAAAUAAUAAAUUCAUGACAGCCUUCUGCCCAGAGAUAUGUAUGAUCCCUUUCCUAAGAAUACAUGUAUGACCUAGAAAUUUCCUUUAUUUAUUAUCUGGUGAUAAAAUUCUGUGAUUUAGUUUCCCAAAAUGAUAAAGGCAUACAUUUCAUAUGCUGCAUGUUUCCAGGUAAUUUUGUAAAGGAUUUUAAAGGUUUGUGCUAAAUAAUUCAUAUUUAAAGUAAAUCUAAUGACAUAAAGAAAUAUAAAUAGAACAAAUGAAUAUAUUUCUCUAUGUUGUGAUUUUUAUCCUACUUAAAUAGAUAUCAGCUAGCUUUAUUCAUGAAUUUCAGUUCUCUUUAGCUAUUAGUAAGUUGCCUGUAACAUGAGUUUACCGUAUAUAUAUAUAUAUAUAUAUAUAUAUAUAUAUAUAUAAUCCUUUGUUACUAUAUGCACUAUAUCCCAGGACAAUUUUCCUAGUUGUCAUUGGAAGCUUUUCGAGAACGCUAAUGCCAUGACACAAUUAAGGUGCCCGCAUUCCUUAGACUAAAGUCAGCUGAACCCACUGAUUUUGGUGAGUUCAGGCAACUGUCUAAAGUGUCCAUUUGCCUUCCGACUGCCUACUGACAGAUUAGGUCGAUGGAGAGAAGGGUUGGACCGGUUGGAUUUUAACCACCUGACCCUCUUGUUCUCGGAGACAUAAGCCACUUCCCAUAGAGGAAGAGGAACACUUGGGAGUGUUUGUUCUGUCAACUGUUAUUAAUAUGUAUGGCACCUUUUAAGCUGCCAGUUCACAGUAUAAUGUUGAUUAUGGUGGGAUCUGCCAACAAACUAAGGUGUAUGGGGUAUCUAGAAUGACCCUUAAUGGCAAGCUUUGGUGGACACAAGUAUCUGAUAUGAUGGAUCAUAUCCACAUGCUUGACUCUUUGCUCUGCUUAGCUGACCAGGCAUUUAUAGGGGGGAAACUCAUGUAUAUGCUGGCUAUGGUUUUCACAUCAUCACAAUAAUGUGCAGUGCCUGGUGUGCAGACUACAAUACCGCAAUGAAAAUCUAUAAAACAAGCUCUUUGCAGUGUUAAACAAGCAGGGAACAAAAAAUAACAACAGUAUAAAGAGGUACUAGUAGUUUGCACUCACCGUCGCUCCUGUCUUUAUUCUAUUUCAGUCAUAAGUCCAGUAGGGAUCAUAUUAGAACAUUGGAAGGGCGCUCAGAGGCUAGCGACCGCUAUGUAAACCGCCAUGUACGUCUUCCGUACCUCUUUAUACUGUUGUUAUAUGUGCACACUAUCUUUAUAUAGCUUAGCACCUUCAGCAUUGUCCAUAACUAUUUAGUAGCACCGGCUGCUGUCACUGACUAGAGCUCCGGUUGGUUAUUGAUAUAUAAUUCUGGCUACUAAAUUUACAUAGUGCCCUUUGCUACUAUUCUUAAGGAACAAUUGUAAGGAACAAAGAAUGCUGGGACAUUUUGGCCCUGAAGUCUGCAGAAUUGUGAAUGCAGCUAUGGACAAUAAUACAAGGUAUAGCUCAGGAUUGUACAUGGUCAGUAAUAACAUUUAUUUCCCUUUGGGUAAAGCUUUAUUGAACUACAAAAGGUGAAAAUUUGCUUUAAAUUUUGGUAACUGAAAUUCGGCAAUAGAUUUCUAUUAUCCUAAUUUGUUUGGGUCUAAACACAAACUGGAAACUAUAAAAGAGGUAUAAGUAGAAAUGCAUACAUAAAAGAUUCAGAAGGUAAUUUACUUAAAAUAAUACCAUUCAUUCUUUUAUCUAAAUGUGUUUAGAAACUUUUGCAGCCACAUUUUAUCUGUUAAGUACCUGCAGAGAACUUGUGCAACUCUCUGGAUCUUUUUAAGAUCUCUGAUUGUGGGUCUUGUUGCUGCUUUAUUGUAUCUGCCCAUAUUUGCAAUAAGUCAGUGUAUGCUCUUGUAUUACACAGGUACAGCAUAGCUGAUUUAUUUUGUUCAUAAAAUAUAAUGUGUCCCAUAAAGACUACAGUGUAAAAAUGCAACAUAUAUGCACAUCCUUUUUCUUUGUUUUGAAGCAGGACACUGUAUAGGAUUUUUUUUUUUACUACCAAGUUCACACAUACCGGGGUGUGUGCAGUUAAGAAAUGCAACAUUAUUACACCAUAAAAAAAACAUAUGGUGGGACCCAAGUGGAAGAUCACUUGAACACCACUUUAAAAAUAGCUGUGUGUGAUUUAAAAAAAUCAUUUCCAAUCUUACAUCCAUCAUGAAAGAAAAAAGAAAUUAAACACGUCCAUUGUGAACCCAGCCUUACUGCACAAUUUUUUGUACAUUCCAAAAGACAUGGUUGUGAUUUUUUCAUUCUUUUGGAAGCCUCACCCAAUAAUAAGUUCAUCUUGGGUACACAUUUGGCAUGUCAGUGUUGUAUAACAGGGAUAUGCAAAAUUGUGCAUUGCAGAAAAUCUCGUAAUUGCUUGUAUAGGUUAUGUAAAACAAUAGAUAGGGCCUCUCCAGAACAACAGCGUGACUUGUGAGAGCAAUUUGUCUGAGUUAUCAGGUUCCACUUGUAUUCUUUUGGACUUGUCCUGGUUUCUGCUCAAAGACUAAUGAACCUUUCUAAUUUAGUUUCUAACUGAUCUUAUGUGGAGACUGAAUGGAUGGGUGUUGUCUUACAUGUCUAUGACCAGACUUCAUACACUAUGGUUUUAUGAGAUAGAGCUGUAUGGACAUGCUAGUGUAAACCAUCCAUACCGUAAGACCAAAUUGCAAAUAAGUGUGAUAUAGAAAGUUCAGCACUUUCAGUGCUGAAAUAACUGAAAGCAAUUCUGAUAUACAGGGCAUCCCCAGUUUAAAGCGCUAUUGUUAUGAAUUUCUAGCCCCAUAAACUAUUCUCAGGAUGAGAAAGAUAAUUGCAAUUUAGGCAUACCUUUUGGAAAACACUUUUUUUUGCGGUCAGCAAUGGUCGGAUAGGCAUGGCUAGCAGUUGAUAAUGCCACAAUGCCACCACGCCUGUCCUCUUUACAUUAGCGCUGGGACCGCUGUGUGAUUGGCACCCAGGUCCUUAGCGCAUGCGCCCUCCAUCACAUCAUCUUGCAUGCGACAAGUUCUCUGCGCUCGUUUCCACUGCAUCCUGGCUGAGAGUUUGCUGCCUCUAACAAUUACGCAGGCACUCAGCCAGGAGGCAGCAGGAGUAAGCUCUCAAACAGGGAGAGAGAGCGAUUGUUUAGAGAACUCACCACGUGCAAGAAGAUGUGAUGAAAGGCACAUGCGCUAAGUACCUGUGUUUCAGUCACACAGUGGUCCCAGCGCUGACAUGAAGGGGAUAGGUGUGACGACCUCAGGGCAUUGCAAGCCCCUGGCCACACAUAUCGAAUCUUCCUGACAGCAGAAUAAAAUGUUUUUCAAGCUGAUUAAGACUGUUAGAAAGCAGAAAAAGGAAUGACUGACUUGCAAUGAACUUUCUCAUUCUCGAAUUAGUUUAUGGGGGUAGAAACAGGGCUGUGGAGUCAGUAGAUAAAUGUUCCGACUCCGCAGUUUUUUGUACUUCCAACUCCCCGACUCCGACUCCUCUGUAUUAAUAUGCAAAUGUAUUUUAUACAUUCCUUGAAGGAAUGAAAGGCAACACACCACAGGACUACUGGCUGGGAAGCCAACAGUCUACUGUAUUGAACAGUUUAAAGGGACACUCCGUUACCUUGCUGUUGGAGCUCCGCUUUUCAGCGUCCGGAAGUUAUUGUUCCGAACGAUGUGUGUGCGGGCUUCCGUGUUCAGGGCUUCCCCUCAUGACGUCACGCCCGCCCCCUCAACAAAAGUCUAUGGGAAGGGAGCGCGUGACGUCACGAGGGGCGGCCCUGAA